AUGGAAAAGAAGAAGAUGAGUGUUGGAUUCAUCAACGGCUUAGUUGUUCCAAGUUCAGGAAGAAGUGGGGGUUUGGCUAUGCUGUGGAGGAAGGAAAUUUUUGUAGAUAUCCAAAACUAUUCGGGCAGGCAUAGUGAUGCCAUUGUUACUGAAGAUUCAGGGUUUAAAUGGUGGAUUAUAGGAUUUUAUGGAAAUCCUGAGGUCCAUCGAAGAAAGGAAUCGUGGGAUUUAUUAAAAGCUCUUAACAAAAAGGUUAACCUCCCCUGGUUGUGCUUUGGUGACUUCAAUGAAAUCGUAUCAAUGGAGGAGAAGAUGGGUGGAGCUCGAAGACCACAAAGGCAAAUGGAUGAUUUCAGAGAAGGAAUUAAUUGUUACCGGUUGAAGGACCUUGGCUAUUGUGGUUCGGAUUUUACUUGGAGUAAUAUGCAUGAGGGAGUACACAGAAUGUAUCUUCGGUUAUAUCGUGCCCUGGCUACAUCAGUUUUAGGCCAUGUUCCAAGGCAGAUUCAGAAUAAAAGGAAAAUCCUAAGUGACCUGGUCUUGAGGGAUCAAAAUGGAAGCAAUGGUAGUGAAAUCAACAAGAUUAGGAAGGAGAUUAAUGACUUACUGGACUGUGAGGAGAUCAUGUGGCAACAAAGGUCCAAAGUACAGUGGAUAGGUCUUGGGGAUCGCAAUACAAAAUACUUCCACACAAAGGCCUCUAGGAGAAAAAAGAAAAACACCAUUACCAGGCUUAUGGAUGAGAGAGGGACCUGGAAAGAAUCUACUUUGGGUGUGGCUGAAGUUGCAAUUUCAUAUUUUAAGAAGCUUUAUACAACAUCCCAACCUGAUAGAAUACAGGAGGUAGUUGAUGCUAUUGAUCCUAAAGUUUCGAUUGAAAUGAAUCAAACUCUGAUUAAACAAUUCACAAGAGAAGAAGUUGAAGCAGCCCUAAAAGAGAUGCACUCGACCAAAUCCCCUGGUCUAGAUGCUUGGUCAAUUUGGUACAAUAGGAAUCUAAUUGCAUUUGAUUCAAUAUGCCAAUUACCGAGCCAAAUCUGGAGUUUUGCCAAAAGAUUUCUUCAUGAACAUAGAAAUGCUUGGGUGGUAGUGAACACAGGUACAGUAGCACAGAAAGGUGGUUGGACUCCUCCACCUCCUGGAAUUUUCAAGGUCAAUGUUGAUGGGGCGACCUCUGAGGCUGGGAGAAAUUCAAGCAUGGGAGCUACCAUUAGAGAUUCAUGUGGUGCAAACAUAGCAGCUAGUUGUAAAUACCUCCAAGGUCAAUUUUCAGUAGUUGAGGUGGAAGCUAUUGCUGUAGAAAAUGGUAUUCUGCUUGCCUGA